AAUUUGUUAAAAUCUGGGGUUGUCUUGAUAGUGCGAGUAAGGACUGGAGGGAGCCGUAACUUGUGUCGAAAGCUCUGCUAUUCCAUCAUAAGACUCCAGUGGCGUUAUCCUGUAACUGCAAAUUUAUUUUACGCCUGCACUUCACAAACUUAAAAUGACGUCCUUCCCGAAAAAUACAGGUGUCAAGAUGUUCAUGGUUUCUGUGACCGUCCUGCCGCAGAAGGAAGGCAUUGAUCUGCCGAGAUUUAUCCAGAAACUGGCCAAUUUGUUAUCUGAUUAUUCCACGGCGACGAGGGUGAUUUACAAAUUGAAAGUGUCUGGAGAGUCUAAAAUACUUUCCGUGGUGCAAGUCUCUAACAUAAUUGGCCUGGAGAGGACCAUCGGUGGCCUGUGGCGUCUGGGAGCCGUGAAUGUGGACUGCUUCCCUAUCGUCAGCUACGAGAACUUCGCCCGUAGCAUCAAGGUCGGGGAUCAUCUCACCAAGCCCAACACAGGAAGCCUGGCCAAGGAUGGGCUCUACUGGCUUGAAUUUGAAAUCGGAUAUUCAGGUAAAACAACAGACGACCUGAUUGCCAUCUGGAGGCGGGAGGCAGAGGCUGUACUUACGGCGAGGCACAAGGAGGGCACCUCCAUUGAGCUGUACAAGAGCGUUGCACAAAGAAAAGUCCACGCGUUCAUCAAUGCUGCUGACCCCGAACAGGUGGACCUCCUGUCCCUGCAGCUGCCCAUCAUGGUGGAGAACGGGGCCGAGGUUCAGAUCACCUGCAAGGCCGUGCAGUUCCUGGAGGACUACUGUACCCGCAUCACCAGCGAAUCCAUCUGAGGGGGGAGGAGGGGCAAAUGUGGUGGUGGUGGUGAUGACAGAGGUGGAGAAGAAAGAUGUCUUCUCGCUUAUGUACAAGUUGAGAAAGCAUCGGUCAGUGCUACCGCCGCCCUCCCACCCACCAUCACAAAUAUUAUACCAAUGUGUUGUUGUAACGAGACUUUUUAUUUACUUUUUAUCGGAGAUACAAAGCUGAUGAUGAGACUGGCCUUUCCGAUGUGAGCGAGAGAAGAAGAAAUAAGAAUGAUGGUGAUACAAUGUCAGUUAUGUGUUCAUGAGUCUGCACAUUUUUUUACUCGACAUGGGUAGGUUCAGAUUUUGCAUGAUCACUGGUGCUGCUAAGGUUGUUGUUGUUUUUUCUGUGCGUACGUACAUAGUCUCUGCAAUUCUCCCAGAUGGAUAGAAAUUGUUUGUAGGACUUACGAGGUUCAUUGCUAUGUAACAGUUGUUUUACUCUUUGUGGGGGGAGCUGUUACUGGUGUUACUUUUUUGUGUGUGUGUCAGGCGAUAUCGUUACUCCAUCACGGGUCCAGAUAAUCUCAUUUUAGACCAAAAGAUGUUCUUAAAGCAAAAAUAAGAAAAGACAAGACCCUUUUUUGGUCCAUUUUUAUGCUAAAAAAUACAAAGGUUUGCUAAAUGGCGCCUGUGUGCACAGUUAAAAGGGCUUGGGUGUGGAAGGCAGAUAAAAGUAGGAAGACUGAUAAUCCACAGCUCUGUGCUCACUCUGACUGGUUGUGCCCGAGGGUGAAAAUCAAAGUUAGAUUAUGUGAAAAUCCUUGAUGCUGAUAGCUGAUAGACAACUCAGAAGUUGCAUAUUUGAAAAUCUGAAUGAAAUGUCAUUAUUGUAUGAUUUCAGCAUUAGAGAUGAAGAAACAGUUGGCAUGGGUUUGUUGUUUUUUUAUGGUGCAUUUUGAAAUGGUCCAGUGUGUUUCAAUUUUGAUAUUAAUCAAAAUGUGAACUGACUGCCUUGUUGAUAAAAUUGAAAAGAAUCUAUUUAAUUCCUUAUAAAGGGAUAAGUGAUCACUUACUGACUAUAUUUGAGAACAUUAUGUUAAGGAUAGGCAUUAUAAUGUGACAAUAGUGCGUUCUGAUGUAGUGAAAGGAUUGUUCUGUCAGGAUCUUUCUGGUUUUCAGGUGUUAGAUUUUUCUUGUCCCAGCAAUUUUUCUCUGUAACUUAAAGGAAGUUGUUUAUUUUUUAUGACAAUUGUAAUUGUAUAGCUUUUUGUAUUAGCUUUUUUUUUCUUUUGGUACUUUUUCCCCCUCUGCAUUUGGAUCUGAAAUGUCUCCGAGAGGGUUCUAUUUGUUGCAUUAAAAAAUUCAGUUCUUCAUUUGUAUGAUAUUCAUCGCGUACAAAGUAAAAUUGUUGCAUUAAAGACAUUUUAUAUAAACGC